AGUCAACAGAACGAGUGAGAGCGCGAGUUGCGGAGUUGGCUCUCUGCUGUUUCCCAGGCGGUGCCGCUGCUGACAGUGUCUUCCGUCCGCGCGGCAGGAGAGAACGAUAAGGUUCCUAAUAACGCAGAUAUACUGCAUGCUACAAGAGAGGGAUCGAAAACGCCAUUACUUUCAUCGCUAGCUAAUCGAGAAGCGUUGUCGGCGCCGCAGAGGUAACGGAAGGAUGUCAGCUUUGUCGCGCGUGUUGACUCGGGUCAGACCCGUCGGGACAGCCGCCCUUCGGAGUGCCUGCGUAGCGCCCUCUUGCGUCCGCCCCGCCCACGUCACGCGGUCGGCUCCCUGCAGCGCCUCCGUCAACAUCGAAGACAUCGACAAACAAAGCAGCUUCACAGAGAGUCUAGCAGAACAGCUGAACUUCGGCAACCACGCCUUCGCCUACAGCCACAAAACAAGCAAGGAGCUCCUGAGGGGCCUCGUGGUGCUUCACGCCUGUGCCGUGGACAUGCUUGUCAACCACAGCUAUAAGUUGUUAACUUUCGGAGAACGAAUGCUCGGGGAGAAACUGCUUGGCUAUGCAGUCGCGCCCUUCUACAACCAGUUCGUGGCGGGAGACAGCGAGGAGGAGGUGGCGGUCGUCAGCAGGAACCUCGCCAGCGUCGGCGUCAGGCUGAUGGUGGCGCCCAUGCUGGAGACAGACGUGGGCGAGGGCCACGACCUAGAAGCUAUGUACAGGAAGAAUCUGGACAAAACACUGCACCUUAUCGAUGUGAGCAGAAGGUACAGCAUGCUGCAGGAUUCGCGACCCAUCUGUCAGACCAAAAUGACCGCGCACCUCUCAGCUGACAUUCUAGCGCGUGUCUCGGUGGCAUACGAGGCCCUGGGCGAGGGAGGCCAUCUGGAGGCCGUGCGGGCGGUGGCAGAGGCCAUGCGGGAGGCUGGCGAGGGCCGAACUCUCUCGGCCUUCACGCAUCCCCUCGAGCCCCUUUCUCUCAGUCCCGAGGACGUCCAAGAGGUCCUGGACUCUCUGCCCCGGAUUUACAAACUGGGGGAAAGGAGCGUGGCUCGGGACGUGGUUCUGGCGGUGGACGCCGAGUACACCUACACGAACCCCGCCAUCAACCUGCUGACGCUGGCCAUGAUGACGCUGUUCAACGCCCCCACGCCCAUCGUCUGGAACACCUACCAAGGAUACCUUAAAGCGGGGCGAGAAAAUCUCUGCCACGACCUGCGGCUGGUGGGCGGCCUGGAGGGAGUGGGCUUCGGCGCGAAGGUGGUGCGCGGCGCCUACCUGGAACGCGAGAGGAGCCGCGCCCACGAGCUCGGCUACCCGGACCCCGUGAACGAUACCUACAAUGACACGGGCCUCGUAUACGACAGCAUGGUGGAGUUGAUGCUUCGGGAGAUCAAGGCCAACCCGCGCUCUCGCUCCGUCAUCGUGGCUUCGCACAACGAGUCGUCGGUCAGAACCGCAGCCCAAAAGCUCGAGAAACUGCAGCUGGACCCCCAGGCAGGAAAUGUGGUGUUUGGGCAGGUGUAUGGCAUGGCCGAGAACAUCUCCGUCCCGCUAGCUCGCUCCGGCUUCCUGGUCUACAAGUCGGUGCCGUACGGGAGCGUCGCGGAAGUCAUGCCGUACCUGUCGCGACGCGCCAACGAGAACCGCGCCGUGCUGAAGGGCGCGCGCAGGGAACGGCAGCUCCUCACCCAGGAAUUGCUUUCCAGAAUCCUCCCGAACCGCUCGGCCCCGGCUCUGCAGUGAUCCCAAGAGGCUGAAGCUGCGGUCCUCUCCGGCUGUUUAAUACAUUCCUUCCACAUCAGCUUCUGGGCUGGUCAUUUUACAGCACUUUCCUAGUUUUUGAUUGUUAUGAGUUUGGGUUGGCACUUGAUGGGGGAUCCGGUGAGAAACCUGAGAAACCGGACUCUCGUUGCUAUAUCUGUUUUGUUUUGUGACAUUUGAAAUCGCUGGGGAGUACCAUCGUUCAAUACAUCUUUGUACCUGGAAAAUUUAUUUUCUUUUGAGACAUAUUCCUUCUUGAUCAUUAGCGUGCUACCUUGAACCUUUUUUGCUUCCAUCUGACUGGGUGCUUCAAGCUCCGUUAUCUCGAACAUGAAACAUGGCUCUAGCACUUGCCUUCCAGCAAAAUUUUUGUAACGAAAUCCUGUGGGUCAUUCCCUUCAAUUAAUUUUUUUACACGUUUUCAAAGCAGGAAUACGAUACUGCACUCUAUAGUAGCACCACUAAGAACAGUAAAAUGUGGCUACGCUUGCGUGACAAAUGGUUGUAUCAGGUGCCAGGGAUGUACUGUUGGAAUGGCUUUUUGCAAAAGAUAGAACUUUCUAUAGGUUCCUUAUGCUUGUAUAAACAUAAUGAUCACACUACACAUGACAGUACAUGUUUAUGAAGAAAAUGAUACAAGAAAUUUCAUUAAACAUUUGGAAAUUGAUAAAGGGAAGAAAAUUGUUGAAGACAAAUUUUAUUGAUAUAAAAAGCUAUAACAAACAUUGAUUUCAUAUCUAAAACAGCAUUUAUAAAAGCGGGAAAGGUGAUGUACAUAUAUACAAGCAAGUCAAAAGUCUAUUUACGGUCAAAAUAGUCAUAAAACAAAGACGCUGAGGAAAAAACACAACAAACAACAAACAAGCAAGGGUCCACAAACGCAGCUGCAGAAAUAGUAUGAAACAGACAACCAGACGCACUUUGGAGAAGAAAAGCGAACAUAUAAGUAGCAUGGGACAAACAUCACAUUUCUCGUUUAAAGUCUAAUAAAUGUCUAUGCAUGGGCUUCCAAACAUUGAAACAUAUACAAAAAAUGUAUGUAUAAUAACACUGGUUGUACAUCUUAAAAGGCAUUAUAAAAAUAAUUAAAUCUGUUUUCUCUGAGGUACAUGAACGACAUAAAAUUGAUAUAAUGGUACAGCAUUAAGAUAAAUACGUGUACUAUGUAGCUUUCUAAGAUCAUACAUAGUGUCACUUUGUAUUCAUGAGCUACAGUACCACACAAGCCAUUUCAACAAAGUUAUCAACAAUACCAGGUAGUAACCAUAUCAGGAUCAAGAGUUCCGAAACAAUUUAGCAAAACUCUUGAUGCCGAUAAUCACUUUCAUUAUGGAUUAAAAUUCAAAAUGUUUUUAUAUACGGAGCCUCGUAAAAUAGUGAUGGAAUUUUAUCAAGUUCGUAGCAAUGUGUUUAUUGGCCGAUUGGAGUUCAAUUACAAAAAGACAGAAUAGCUUCUCGAAAUUAAUUAAUCCAUAUUUUUAUAUGAAUAAACAUAUAUCAGA